AUGCUUCCCGCUCCCUGGAUCUGCCGCAGCUGCACGCGCGCGCUCCAGCGUCCUUUCAAGCACCGACCCUCCAAGCUUCCGCUCGCCCGCUUCGCAUCCCGCGGUCGGCCAACCCCCCAGGACCUGCCAGCAACCACAUCCACGCUCGCUCCGGCCCUUGUCCGACGCGCCCAAGUCCUCUCUCAAGAGUACCAGCUCCUCCAGCAGUCCCUGGCCACGUCGUUCGACCCGUCCAGGGCCAAGCGCGCCGCCGAGCUCCGCCGCGUAGCCGCCGCCCUCUCGUCAUGGCAGUCCACCCUGUCGGCCAUCUCCGAGAUCAAGGGCAUCAUGGACGAUUCCCGCAUCGGCCGCGAGCUAGCCUCCCUGAGCAUGCGGGAGCUUGAGCUCGAGGCGGCCAAUCUCGCCGUCGCCGAGAAGCACCUCUCCGCCUGCCUGACGCCCCAGCACCCCUUUGCCGCGCUGCCCUGCAUGAUCGAGUUCCGCCCCGGCCCCGGCGGCCUCGAGGGCCGCUACUUCGCCGACACGCUCUUCAAGAUGUACAAGAACCUCUGCGCGCGGAGGGGCUUCCGCGCCGAGGUGCUCAAGUACGAGAUGGCCGACGCGGCGGGCGACCAGUCCUCCCCUGCCGGAGAAAUGCCCCUGCAGGAGGCCAUCCUGGAGGUGCGGGACCCGGGCGCGUACAACGUGUUCCGCAGCGAGGCCGGCAUGCACCGCGUGCAGAGGAUCCCCAGCACGGAGAGCAAGGGGCGCGUCCACACGAGCGCCGUGGCGGUCUGGGUUCUGCCGUCGUUUCCCGAGAGCGAGAGCGCCGGCGAAACGAGCGACGACGACCCCGAGAGCGACUUUUACCUGGAUCCCAAGGACGUCCGGGUCGAGACGAUGCGUGCCCGCGGCGCGGGCGGCCAGCACGUCAACAAGACCGAGUCGGCCAUCCGCAUGACGCACGUGCCCAGCGGCACCACGGUUUCCAUGCAGGACCAUCGCUCGCAGCAGCGCAACAGGGAGGACGCGUGGAAGCUUCUCCGGUCGAGGGUGGCCAGUCAGCGGGCCGAGCAGCGCGAGGCCGAGGCUUCGCGGCUGAGGAACAGCGUGCUUUCGCAGGCGCAAAUCACCAGGGGGGACAAGAUCCGCACGUACAACUACAACCAGGAUCGGUGUACGGAGCACAGAGCAGGCGUGGAUGUGCACAACCUGCCGAGCGUGCUGGAGGGGGGGGAGACCCUGGACAGGGUGAUGGAUGCGGCGAGGGAGUGGCUGGUCAACAAGGAGUUGGAGGGUGUUUUGGCAGAAGAGGAGGCCAAGCUCGGCCAGUGA